GGCUGCUGAGGCUGAGCAAAUCAAUAAAAAUGAAUGGAUUACAUUUUUCGCAUUUAUUGCGUUGAUGCAUUGACAAAUCAGAUAGAGGUUGGAAAGUUAGCCUAGACCACUCAGUCUAGCUAGAAUGGACAGCCUGGUUAAUCAUGAAAGUUUCACUUCACUGGUUAGGCAGUUAAAUCCAAGAGAGGUGGUCGAAGUUUUAAAUGGCAGUGAAAAUACAGGAGAUUUAUUCAAGGAUCUGCCACUGUACCAUAUAUUAGUUGAGGCUUUGCUGCACAGGCAGACAGAUGCAAGUGAAAGCAGCAGAGUGUAUGCUAGAGUUGCAACACAGAUUGUGUACAUGCUGUCUACACAUGGUGCAGAUAUCAAUAUUCAAGAUGAGAAUGGGGAUACAGCUUUAUUGUGUUACCUUAAGACAGCUGAUAUAGGCCUUCUGUCAGAUGAUCUGGUUGUAGCAUUCCUAAGAUGUGGAGCUGACAGUUGCUUAAAAAACAAGGAUGGUUUAGAUGUACUGCAGUACAUUUUGCAAGAAGAUGAACUGCCAAAACAGAUCAGAGCCAGAGUGCUGGAGUACAUGCCCGGAAUAUGGCGUGCUGUGGAUUCAGAUGAUGCUUGCACUGUUAGAAGGUUGAUUAAUCAAUGGUGUAAUAUAAAAGUAGUGAAGGAUGGAACAUCAGUACUGCAGUUAGCAUACAGUAAAGGAACAGAAAGUAUUAUAAGGGUUAUCUCGGGGAUUGGGCCCUCCAUGGAUAUGGCACACAGUGCACUGGCGGGAGAUUAUUUCACAGUUAAGAAGGUGCUACAGUCAAAUAACCGUGUCAAUAUCAACUUGAAAAAUAUGGCUGAGAUGGGAGCAACCCCACUAUUCUAUGCCAUCUGUAACAAUGACAAAGACAUGGUUGAGUUACUCCUAAAACACGGAGCACGACUUGACUCCAGUAUGCAAGGGGAAAAUGAGAUGGAGCUGCCUCUGUAUUUUGCUGCUUUAUCCCACAUACCUACUUUGGAUACAGACAUGCUGAGAUUUACCAUUCCAAGAAAACCAGUGCCAGUUGACCAGCUUUACUAUAAGGGAAGGAAUGUGAUAUUUUACUGCAUAGAGCACGUGGUGGAUAUCGAUCUGUUCUAUGAUAUACUGAAAGCCUGCUCAGCCCAUGUGCUUACACAAAGAAUUGAGGGCAACAUUAAUGCAAGAGAGUAUGCUGUUGUGAAUGGCAGAGAACAGUAUGAUACAAAAAUUGAUGUUGUUGUUGCUGACUGGUGUUCCCAGGAGGAUCAGGCUAUAAAUAGAAACACAUUGUGUCUCCAUGGUUACCAGUAUGUGUUGCCAUUGACAGCAGAAAAUACAAGUCCAAAUGAUAAAUUAAUCAACUAUAUGCAACUUGCUGAAGAAUUUGAGGAUUUCAAGAUUCAAUUGAGAGAAGCAACAGUUACUGGUGAUGCAGCUCAUGUUAAGGAAAUGCUUGGUACACAAUCAUGGUCAGACAGAGGUUUGGAUGUUUGUUUAGCAGAUUGCAGGGUACGUGGAGAUGGUCAGCCUCUCUUACACAAGGCAGUAUUAUGGGAACAUGAUGAGGUUGUGAAAGAAAUUGUACAAUAUGUGAUGCACAACACUAAGAGAAAACUGGACAGUUUUAGAGAUCAGUAUUUCAGAACAGCAUUACACUAUUUGUAUGGAAUGGAAUGUUGUAAAAGGAUGGCAGAUAUUUUGGAGGAUAACGGCAUGUCAGAAUACUCAAUGGAUAAGGAUGGUAGAUCACCUUUGGCUUUUAAAGACAGACGAGGACUGUUGGAAAUGAAAGACUUGAUAGAAUAUCAUCAAAGACAGGAUUUCUCUGAACCAGAGCCUGACCCCUGGUCAGUUAAUUUACCAUUGCCAAUCACUGGAUUCCUCAAACAGUGUUUACAUGAAAAGCACAUGAAGAAAAAGCAUGAUAAGACAGUGUAUAAUGCUAUAGGUAAUGGUCGACAGGCUGGGAAAACCAAACCUGAUAAAAAGCAUCGCCAUUUGAAAGGAACGGCUGAUUUGCAAAGUAAAUCUGUUGAUAAGAAAAAACAUCGGAGUGGUUUUCAUUUGCAAACCUAUUCAGAACGAAACUCCGAUUCUUCAAAUUCACCUGAGAAUUAUCAGAAAUGUAAUCAAAAGCAAAUAUGCAACCGAGAAAGAGAAGCAGGUAAAUUGAGUUACUUCCAACAAUAUCAAAAUACAGAAAUGAUGCAGUUUCCCAGAAACAGUUACGUAAAGGAUAAACUAAGUAGAGACAAUUCAGUAGAAUAUCAAAAAGUGAAUACAGUGGUUUCAAUGAAGUAUGAGAAUGGAAACUAUUUUCGUUCGGACGUUUAUCGUGACAGUGAUUUCUCAUCUUUAAUGAAGGAUGAUGUUGAAACCGGCUCUGGACAGGAUGUAUCUGAGUUGUCAUCUGAAGCAGGUAGUUUGUAUGAGGACUAUGAGGGGGACCAGUCAGACGUAGAAAGCGAGGAUGAAGGAACCAACCACUCUGAAAAAUAUUGCAGUAUUUUGUGAUUUAGGAGAGUUUGCUGUCAAUAUCCAGAGCCAAAAUUUAUCUGUGUUAAGUCAGAAAUUUAGAUAUGGGAUUUCAAGUGCUUAAUUU